GAAAAGUCACGUGUCUGUCAACAUACAGAGGUCGCCUUCGUUAAAAGCAGGAUUUUAUCAGUCAAAUGCUGUGCUGCUAUUUUAGACGCGCAGAUUGGAAAUAUUGGUCUGAGUUCUUCAGUCUCCUAAAAUGAACAUUCAUGUAGUGGACUUCGGUGCGCUCAGCAUUAAUCAGCCAGAUGUGUCUGGCGAGAGCUUGCACAUCUUGAGCAAGCAGCUGAAAACAGCUUUUACAGAAGUUGGUUUUGUUCUUCUAACGAACACUGGGAUCAGUCAUGAAGAGGUGGAUCGAGUUAUGGACAUUUCAAAGAAAUUCUUCCUGCAGCCAGAUGAACUGAAGCAACCCUUCAGCAGGAACAGCUUUGCUGAAAUCCCAAACCACGGAUGGGUGUCUCUGGAGACAGAGAGAUUAAAUCAACGUCGACCUGGAGACCUAAAGGAGGCAUUCAACAUUGUUUCUCUUCACCCAGACAUAAGAUGGCCGUCUGGUGCUUUGAAGUCUUUUCAGGAGACCUACACGUCUUUCUACCUGCACUGUAAAGAGCUGGCUGUGCGGGUGCUGAGGGUGAUGGCUCACAGUCUGGAUAUGGACCCGGAGGUGUUCCUCAGUGCACACCGUCAUGUUGGAAGUGAGAACGGCACCACCCUGCGCUCUCUGUACUAUCCACCAGUUAUCAGCGAGGAGGCCAAGAAGGAUCAGCUGCGAUGUGGAGAGCAUUCAGACUACGGCACCAUCACCCUGCUGUUUCAGGGCUCUGAAGGACUGCAGGUUCUUAGUCGGUCAGGUGAAUUCAUCGAUGCUCCUUGCAUCCCCGGAGCAGUCCUCGUCAACGUCGCUGACCUGAUGCAGCGCUGGACCAACGAUCGGUUUGUCUCUGCGCUCCACAGAGUGCUGCUGCCCCCUCCUGGAGACUCCAGCACACGUCAGAGUGCGGCGUUCUUCCUCCAUCCUGACGACGACGCUCUGAUCACCUGCUGCGACGGCUCCAACAAAUACCCUCCUGUCACAGGAGCUGCCUACCUCACGGAACGACUUAACAACUCGUACGGACAAAACUGACUCGAUACGAUAAAAAAAAACUUUUAAUCGAUGCUUUAGCUGCAUUUCAGUUUCUGACACUGUGGUCAUUUCUCAUAUUGCAGAAGGUUCUAACCCCUGUAUAGGCUACUUGCUGACUAAGUAAGUUGUGCUUUUGUUCUGAGAAACCAAAAGUAACACUUCUUCUUUGUUGCGUUGUUGUUUCCGCACCAAGUCAUGAGAGGUCAUGAGCACACCCAAGAUGAACUUUCUAUUUCGACAAUCAUCCAAGGAGCGAAGCAUGAGCUGCUUCCCCCAAACAAGAGCCCCCUUUGGAUGAAGUGAACAUUUUCCAGCCCCCCUCCCACCACCCCAAAACCAUACACAUCAAUACAAUUAAGAUAUAUGGAUAUACACUAAUCACACUGUUUCUAUAUUUUUUGAAUUUAUCUCACACAUUGUUUGCGAAAAGUACAAAACAGCAACUUCAGUGCCUAACAACAAACUAACAGAAACUUUCAAGCAGAUGUGAAAACAUGAAGCUUCAAAAGUUUUAAGAUGUAACAACAGUCAUAGCUUUAAACUGAUUUUUUAAAACCUGGCUCCCUGAAGGUGAAUUACUUUUUAAUAAAAUUAUGAAAAUCUU